ACUCUUCCAUCCAAUAUCUCAACCACUUCAUUUCACCAUCUCUCUCUCUCUAGUCUCUAGUCUCUCUCUCGGUGUCAUUCUUGCUUUAAUUUGUUCCAAUAUUCCCUUGUUUGUUGCUCUUUAAUAUUCUCUCAACGAUGAGGUCCUUUGGUUGCACGGUGAAUAUGCCAACCCAGUACUUUUGCUUGAUUUUCUUUCUUACUAUGUCUACUAUGGUCUCGCUCUCAUCGGCAUCGCUCAAAGUGGGCUUUUAUAGUACCAGUUGUCCUAGUGCUGAAGUAAUUGUGAGGAAAGCUGUGAACAAAGCCGUGUCAAGAAAUCCUGGCAUAGCUGCAGGCCUCAUUAGAAUGCAUUUCCAUGACUGUUUUGUUAGGGGCUGUGAUGCUUCUGUUCUACUAGAUUCAACACCUGGAAAUCUAGCUGAGAAAGAAAAUAGACUUAACAAUCCAAGCUUGCGAGGCUUUGAAGUGAUUUACGAGGCAAAGUCGGAAAUUGAAGCUCAAUGCCCUCAAACUGUGUCGUGUGCAGACAUUCUAGCCUUUGCUGCUCGUGACAGUUCCUAUAAAGUGGGUGGUAUAAAUUAUGCAGUGCCAUCGGGACGUCGUGAUGGCAGAGUAUCUUUGAAGGAUGAGCCUGAAGGGAACCUCCCAAUAGCUCUCUUUAAUGCGAAGGAACUACAGGAAACUUUUGAAAGAAAAGGCCUUAGUCUGGAUGAAAUGGUGACACUUUCCGGGGCACAUUCUAUAGGGGUCUCACAUUGUUCUCCCUUCUCAAAUCGCUUAUACUCUUUCAAUGCAACCCAUCCACAAGAUCCCUCCAUGGACCCCAUAUUUGCUAGAAUCUUAAAAGCAAAGUGUCCCCCACCAUCAAAUUCUGGAGAUGGAAGUGAUCCAACGGUGCCACUAGAUGUUCUCACACCAAACAGGCUAGAUAACAAGUACUACAAAGAUUUGAAGAAUCACCGAGGUGUAUUGACAUCUGACCAAACUCUUUUUAGCAGCUCUUCAACGAAAAAUAUUGUGAGGAACAAUGCAAGGAAUGAUGCAGCUUGGGCCAACAAGUUUGCUGCAGCAAUGGUGAAAAUGGGUUACAUCGAAGUUCUCAUGGGAAGACAGGGUGAGGUCAGGAAGGACUGUAGGUUUGUUAACUAGAUCAAAGAUCUGGAGUUCAAUGGCAUCUGCAUGCAUGCAAUUCUUUCAAUUAUUUGUUCAUUUUCCAUCAACUCUUUCAUUUUCACUUGAAGUGUAAAUCUGCUUAAUAUAUGAAAGUUUCAGGAUUUUGAUUUUGGUAAUGUGAUUCUUUCCAAAAAUAAACAAAAUCAUUUCUUACU